ACUCCGCCUCGUUGCAAAAAAUACGGCGAUCCACGGGGCGCGUUAUCUUACCGAGCGUGACGUAAUGCGGUGCGUUCAUCCAUUUAACGGAUUUUAUCGAGCCUUUGCGAACCUUACCACGGUCCAAAAUCGUACGCGUUAUCUCUCGUUGGAGCUCACAAUUUCUCCGAGCUGCUCGCAACGCUCGUUACCGCUUGUACCGCUUACCGCUGUACGCUCGUCGUCCCUUCUCCGUCAGCAGCCAUGAAUUACCAGCGCUUGGAAAAGCUCGGCGAAGGAACGUAUGCGACCGUGUACCGUGGACGACACCUUCUUACGGGCGAAAUUGUCGCAAUUAAGGACAUAAAGGUUGAUCCUGAAGAAGGGACUCCCAGUACGGCAAUUCGUGAAAUUAGUUUGAUGAAAGAAUUGAAGCAUCCGAACAUUAUGGAGCUGCUUGACGUUGUCCAUCUGGAAAACAAGCUUAUGCUCGUCUUUGAGUUCAUGGAAAAAGACCUGAAAAAGUAUAUGGAUGCGUACGGCGUCGAUGGUGCACUUGCUCUUGGACAAGUGAAGAAUUUCAUCCACCAACUGCUCAAGGGUGUCGCCUUCUGUCACGAGAACCGCAUCCUUCAUCGUGAUCUGAAGCCGCAGAACUUGCUGAUUAACCAUCGCGGUGAACUCAAGUUGGCAGACUUUGGUCUGGCUCGUUCGUUCGGCAUCCCCGUCAACACGUUCUCGAACGAGGUUGUGACGCUUUGGUACCGGGCGCCUGACGUACUAAUGGGCUCGCGGAACUACACAACGUCUAUUGACAUGUGGUCUGUGGGUUGUAUCCUGGCCGAACUCAUCACCGGCCGUCCCUUGUUUCCCGGUACAGACAACGAAGACCAGCUACUCAAAAUCUUCCGUCUCAUGGGCACCCCUACGGAGCAGACGUGGCCCGGUGUUUCUCGGUUGCCCGACUACAAGCCUACCUUCCCAUUCUAUCCCCCCCAGGACCUUGCCUCCAUGUUUCCCGGUCUUGACGGUCUCGGUCUCGACUUGCUGCAGAGAAUGCUGAGGAUGCAGCCCGAACUACGCAUCAGUGCCCAUAACGCCCUUAAGCACGCCUGGUUUGUGGGAGUGUAACGAGGUGCAACAGGACGCAACGAGGGUUACAGAGGUUUCUCGACUGCGCUGCGGGACUUUAACGAAAAUUAAUGAGAUACAAGGAAGUGCGAAAAAGUGCGCUGUAUAUUUUUACUGUAACUGUGUGAGCUGUUUGAUAGUGCGCAGCUGUAUCUUAAUAAACAAUUGCGAGAAUGCCUUUCAAUGCUGUAUCCGAUAUAACACGGUCUAUCGCACCGCAC